GCGACUACCCAUUGUGUACAUGUAGUUUAAGCUCUUGCAGCUGUCUGGGCAGGUUCUGGUGACGGAGAGGAAUAACAGUUUUGUUCUCAGUCUCAUUAGCAGUCUGCUGCCAUGGCUGCAUUAACAUCAGCACCACAUGUGGCUUUCUUCAUGUUAUUUUGGAUACUUUCUCUGGCUGCAGACCCUCAAGAGGUGGAGGUUGGAGAGGACGUCCCUCUUCAGUGUCAGGCUCCCAGAGGUGCUCAGAUUGAAUUGUUGGACUGGAUCAGACCAGACCUAGAGUCAGCUGGUUACAUCUUCCGGUUCAUACCAGGAGAGUCAACCACGCGAAACCAGCACCCCUUAUAUCGUGGUCGAGUGGACCUGAGAGAUCCAGAGACUAAGGAUGGAGAUGUUUCUGUUGUUCUGAAGAAUGUUGGAAUCAACGACACCGGAACAUACCAGUGUCGAGUUUUAAUCAGUGGAGGAGGACCCUAAACUCUACAACACCAUCCAGCUGAUUGUCUCAGUCCCAGGUCCUCCUGUAGGCCUCAUCGUUGGUGUUAUAUUAUUAUUAUUACUGCUUCCUGUAGCUGUUGUUGGUGCAGUGGUUGGUGUCUGGAAGUGUAACAGACCAAGACGUGAUAUAAAGAGAACAGUUGUGAUGGAGGUACCAGGGCUCCCUGGAGAUAAGGCCAUUCUGCGAUGUCAGACUGAUGAUUCCUCCAUCAGUGCUGUAGAGUGGAGCAGAGCUGACCUGAAGUCAGGUAACAUCCUCUCAUACAGAGAAGGAUGGUUGGUUCCAGGCUACCCUCAUCCUGACUAUAAGGAGGACAAGGUGCAGCUGGUGGACAGAGAUCUGAAGAAAGGAAACAUGUCUUUAGUUCUGAGGAAUGUUAGCACCUAUGACAAAGGAACAUACGAGUGUCGAGUAACAUCACGUGGUUCAAGAUGGAAAAAUAUUCCCUUCCUCCCCUCUGAGCCAAUCAGAAUCAUCCAUCUGCAGGUUACAGAGCGAGACCCGAUUGAGGUAACAGUGCAUCCUGGAGAUGAUGUCAUUCUGCCAUUCAAGGCUGAUCAUUUCUCUAUCAGCAUUGUAGAGUGGAGCAGACCUGACCUGAAGCCAGAUAACGUCCUCUUAUACUACGAUGGAGACUUGUAUCCAAACCAGCAGCAUAGAUCCUUUAAGGACAGGGUGGAGCUGGUGGACACAGAACUGGAGGACGGAGACGUGUCUCUACUUCUGAAGAAUGUGAACAAAAACGACAGAGGAACAUACAAGUGUCGGGUUACAGUAGCUGGUUCAGAAGGCAAUGAUCCCUACUUCACCUCUGGCCCAAUCAGAAUCAUCCAUCUGCAGGUUACAGAGCCAGCAGAUCUGAUUGUGGUAACAGUGCGCCCUGGAGAUGAUGUCAUUCUGCCAUGUCAGGCUGCUGAUCCCUCCAUCAGAGCUGUAGAGUGGAGCAGACCUGACCUGAAGCCAGAUAUCGUCCUCUUAUACAACGAUGGAGACUUGGAGACAGACAACCAGCAUCCAUCCUUUAAGGGCAGGGUGAAGCUGGUGGACAGAGAUCUAAAGGACGGAGACGUGUCUUUAACUCUGAAGAAUGUGAACAUACACGAGAACGGAACAUACAAGUGUCGGGUUAAAACCGGUGACUCUGACCUAUUCAGAACCAUCAGAAUCAUCCGUCUGCAGGUUGCAGACGAGAUUGUGGUAACAGUGGAUCCUGGAGAUGAUGCCAUUCUACCAUGUCAGGCUGCUGAUCCCUACAUCAGUGCUGUAGAGUGGAGAAGAGUUGACCCGAAGCCAGAUAUCGUCCUCUUAUCCAGUGAUGGAUUUAUAGCAGUACAUGACCUGAAUCCACCCUUUAAGGACGGGGUGAAGCUGGUGAAAAGAAAACUGAAGGACGGAAACGCGUCUAUAAUUCUGAAGAAUGUGAGCUUCGACCACACUGGAACAUACGAGUGUCGAGUUAGUACCGAUGGUUCAAAACGUACAAACAUAGACUCUGAGCCAAUCAGAAUCAUCCGUCUGCAGGUUGUAGACAUGAGCCUGGUAAAAGUGCGCCCUGGACAGAAUGCCAUUCUGCCAUGUCGAGCUGCUGAUCUCUCCAUCAAUGCUGUAGUGUGGAGCAGAGCUGACCUGACGCCAGAUGAAAUCCUCUCAUACAGAAAUGUACCGGUAAAGGUGAACCAACCAGACAACCAGCACCCAUCCUUUAAGGACAGGGUGGAGCUGGUGGACACAGAUCUGAAGAAUGGAAAUGUGUCUUUAGAACUGAAGAAGGUGAACAGACACGACGACGGAACAUACGAGUGUCGAGUUGAAACCGUUGAUGAAAAUGGUAUAAAGAAAGGCCUAGACUCGGACCCAAUCGGAAUCGUCCGUCUGCAGGUUGUAGUUUCAGGUAUCUAUUGAUGGAAACUCCUCUCCUGGAGGCUGAUCUGAUGGACUGGCAGCAGGUGUUCCAGUUGGACAGAUUCUUGUAGCUGCUGCAGUGGAUGUUGUCCUGAUAUAUAAAAGACAUAAGAAGAAGAGAUCAGGACAACCUGCUGAUGAUGUUGAUGAAGCAUUUUUCCGCCAUGAAUCUCCACCUUAUCGUGGUG